CGAUCCUUUCUAAUGGCUGAGGACUGGGAUCUCUUUGCCAUCGUUCGAAGCUGCCAAUCACCCACCACACCAAUUCCACAAACCACCACCGAUACUUCCUCUUCCACUCUCAACCAACAACAACAAUAUGAUGCAUUUUCUUUUCCCAACAUACUGCAACAACCUACAACAAAUGAGCUACACCAAUUGUUCACACCCUUUAACCCCACCACCACCACUUCCACUACUGCUCUUACCAUCAAUCCCAAUUAUUUUCCCCAACACCAAACCCUUCUUCCUCCUCCACCCACUCACACCUCUACUUAUUGGCCUCAUCUUCUGCCACAACCCUCCACUCAAACACUCCAACAACACAACAAUUCUCCCACUGCAGUUUCACAACCUCAAACACCCAAAUCAAGAAAAAGAAAAAAUCAACAGAAGAAAAUGGUGUGCCAUGUAACCGCAGAUAACCUCUCAGCAGAUUUGUGGGCAUGGCGCAAAUACGGACAAAAACCAAUUAAGGGUUCUCCGUAUCCAAGGAACUACUAUAGGUGCAGCAGCUCCAAAGGUUGUAUGGCUCGAAAACAAGUUGAACGAAGUAACACUGAAACCGACAUGUUCAUCGUUACGUACACCGGGGACCACUCGCAUCCCCGACCCACCCACCGGAACUCGCUCGCCGGAAGUACCCGGACCAAGACACCCACCUCCAAUCCACCCUUGUCACCCACGCAAACCAGCAACCCCUUUUCUUCUUCUUCUUCGCCGCCACACUCUCCCACCACGCCGUCGGAAGACCCACCGGAAACCGCCGAAGAAGAACCCGACCCGGAAAUGGAAACCGACGUCGAAGAUGACGGUGACAUUCGGUAACCCAUCACAGCCUCCUUGUCCUGCAAGUCUCAUGGAAGCGACGUCGUUUCCCGGAACCAAACCGGUUCGAGUUUCUCUUUUUAUUCAUGUCCGGUUCAGAUCUCCGGACCGGUUCUCCUUCAAUGAUGACCGUCGGAUUAUCCGGACGCGCUGUCUGAUUCUCAUUUUCCAAUUCAAAGUCAAUAAUCUGCCACGUGGGUAACGUAUUUAAUUUUUUUUUUUUUUCUUUUGAUCAAACAGACUAAAAAUAGAUAUUUUUUGUUUAA